AUGGCCGACUCAGCUGGUGCUGAAGAUGCGACUGUCACCUUCCAUGUGAAGUCUGCAGGCGGCCAGAAAUAUACCGUCACCGUCCCCCUCUCCAUGACCACCAUUGAACUCAAGACCAAGCUCGCCGGAGAAGAAUACGCGAAUGUCCCUGCCUCCGCACAACGAUUGAUCUACAGCGGCAAGGUAUUGAAAGAUGACCACACUCUGUCACAACACAAUGUCAAAGAAGGAAACACCAUGCAUCUGGUAAAGAGUGCCGCCAGCAAUCAACGACAGAACCCGGCUGCCCAAUCGUCCGGUUCGGCCACUGCCUCUGGGACGCCUGCCGCAGCCGGAGUACCACAGAAUCUCGCGUCAGGCACUGGGAAUGACCCUCUAGCUGGCCUCACAGGAGCGAGAUAUGCUGGGUUCGCUCAACUGCCCAAUCCCAGCAUGUUUACAAACCCUCAGAGCCCCGAAGACUUUAUCCGUCAACUCGAGGACCCCAAUUUUCAACAAAUGAUGAGAGAAGCUAUGAACAAUCCACAAGUAGUUGACAUGAUGAUCAACCAGAAUCCUCACCUUCGAUCCAUUCCUGGCGUUCGACAAAUUCUUCAGUCGGAUUACUUCCGGGGAAUGAUGACAGAUCCACAAGCCAUACGGGCCAUGUUGCAGCUUCAGAAUGGUUCAAGAAUGGAUCCAUUCGGACGCGGGGGUCAAGAGGCCUUUCCGGCACCAGGAGUGACCAACACUACGGAGAAUGCAGGAGAUCAGACCAACAGACAGGAAGGACAGCAGCAACAACCAGAUCAACUGCAGAAUCCAUUCGCAGCCUUUGGAGGUGGUGCAGGCGGUAUGGGAGCGAAUCCAUUUGCAAGUUUGUUCACUACGCCCUCAGCCCCAUUUCCAAAUCCAAAUGGAUCGACACAGGCAUCGACAAAUCCCUCGGGAACAACAAACGAAAGUGGAAACACACCGAAUCAACAGCAACAGAAUCCGUUCGCCGCCCUGCUGAAUCCCGCUCUAUUUGGUCAGCAACCUGGUGGUAACACUGGCACUGGCACCACGUCACCACCUCCAAUGAAUCCAUUCGCUGCAAAUCCAGAAGCAUUGAAUCAACUCAUGCAAGCCUUUGGUGGGGGUGCAGGUGGAAAUGCAGGAGCUCUUCCGAACUUUUAUGAUCUCCUUGGGGGAGGAGGACUCGGAGGCGGAGGUGGUCCGGCAUCUCCACCAGACAACAGACCCCCGGAAGAACGAUAUGCCACACAACUUCAGCAAUUAAAUGACAUGGGUUUCUACGACUUUGACCGAAACAUUCAGGCACUACGGAGGACUGGUGGGAGUGUGAAUGGGGCAAUUGAGUAUCUCCUAAGUAAUCCUUGA